AUGCUUUACAAAUCAGAUAAUAAAUUGACUUCUCAACAGAUAAUUUCCAAAGUACCUAACCAACCCGGCUGCUAUUUAUUCAAAGAUAAAACAGGAAUAAUAAUUUACAUCGGCAAAGCCCAAAGCCUCAAAAAGAGAGUUAAUAGUUAUUUCCAAAACUCUCGGGACAAUUAUUUUUAUCAGCAAAUCCACAGUUUUAAUACCAUCGUUACUAACAAUGUUAAAGAAGCCUUAAUUUUAGAGCAAAACCUAAUUAAAAAGCAUCAGCCGCGUUUUAAUGUUCUGCUUAAAGAUAGUCAUUAUUAUCCUUAUCUGGAAAUUACUGGUGGGGGAAAUCCUCGUUAUAAAGUAGUACGAAAAAUUAAUCCAACUAGUCCCAAUGAAUAUUACGGUCCCUUUCCGGACGGCAGUAAAGCCCGAGAAAUAUUACAACUAUUAGAAAGAUUAUUCCCCUUAGCCAAGUGUAAAGGUAUUCACGAACAAGAAAAUGUUAUUGCCUUUUAUCUUCUUAUUUAUCGUUAUGGGAAAUUAGUAGCCACCGACCAAGCCGCCUUUCCAAAUAAUUUACCACCGCAAAUACUUUAUGUUUCAGAAAAAUUACCGGGAAUUGAGUUAUUGGGAGAAGAGUUUGGAUUUGAUUUGAAAUCAUCCCAGCGAGGGCAAAAAAAAGAAGUAAUCAAUUUAGCCUGCCAGAACGCUCAGCAAGAUAUAGUAGCUGGCUUUUUGGUUUUUCUUAAUGGUGAAAAAAACCUAACAAAGAGUAAAUUAUACAAGUUAAACAAUAGCGAACCAGAAAGUGAUUUUGCCCGGAUAAAAAGUGCUUGUUUGGCUCAUUACAAAAAAUAUUCACAAUUAGACUUACCUAAUUUAAUAAUAGUGGAUGGUGGAAAAGAACAAAUAAAAGCCUCCCAACAAGCCUUAAAUAAAUUAGCUUUGACAACGACAAUAAUCGGAUUAGUCAAGGAUGAAAAACACCACACAGCCAAAAUAAUUACUAAUGAUUUACAAGAACUUGAUUUUGGGAAAAAAGAGAGAAUCAAGAAUUUUCUUGCUAAUUGCCAAGAAGAAGUUCACCGCUAUGCUAUUAAUUUUCACCGUAAACUUCAUAGAAAAAAUGUUUUAAACUAA